AUGGCAAACAACUAUUCAAACCGUGCAUACGAGUUCACCAACGAACCCAAAGAAAAGAAGACAUCAUCUUUAAAAAUCCUUGUUUGUGGACAAUUAUUAGGCAUUAUAGUUUUUAUAAUCGGCUUUGCUGCAGGGCUUUGUAUUGGAAUAUUUGUGUACAAUGGCAACGAAUCAAAAUUAGCAAAUACGGAAACCUGUCAAAACCAAAGAGGAACAGGAAGGUUGGAAAUCAAACAAUCAGAACAACCAGUUAUUACAACAGCUACAAAUGAUAAUCCAUCAUCAACAAAUCGUGGUAAAGACACUUUAGGCGACAAAGGAGAGGUCAAAAACACGGACAGUGAACACACACCAACAUCAGAAGAUUCUGAUGCACAAAAAUGUAAAAGGUGUGCUUGGAGAAAUCCGAUCCUUCCAUCAUCUCAACCUAAUUUAUUUGCUCCUCUGAGUGCCGAAGAGAUGACCCUCGUUCAUAGAACUUUGGUUGACCUUAAAAUAGUAGACGUUGAUCAUGAUCAAGAUCUAACCUUCAAAUCUAAUUUUAUAGGAACAAUUUUCUUACAUCCACCUAAUAAAAGAGAAGCUUUGCAGUAUUUAGACGAUGGCGGUAAAUUCCCGGGCAGAUAUGCCACUGCUGUUGUCAUUAGAGGUAAUAUUGACCAAAAGGAUUAUAUGCAAUAUAAGAUUGGCCCUUUGGGUCAAUCAUCCGAUGUCAAAGUGACCCAGCUAUUGAAAAACGGAGAGGUGCCGUAUGAAAGUAGACCAUAUGAUAAUGUUGAAAUAGGAGAGAUAAUAUUUUCUAUUCUAGCGGAUUUAGAUAAAAUAGCGGCGUUACUGAAAGACAGUUUUGAUAUAAAUAACGUGUACGAAGACGUUUCUAUCAUGCCAAACGGGCCAUAUAAUGACGGGUCUGGGAGAGUGAGCAGGUUCACAAUAGGAUUAAGAGGUUUAGGAGAUAAAGAGUUCGACUUCUUAAACAUCCUACCAUUUACUGGAAGGUUGUCCCAUAGCGGUCAAAAUACGUCUGAUUGGUUUACAUAUGACUACUUUUAUUUAAAUCAAGGUCCAUUUUCAAAUAUAACAGAGUUAAUUGAUGCAUAUAACAGUGGAACACUGAAGUACAUAAAAUAUCCAGAAGGUUACAAAGAGUAUAUAAUUCAAGAGACUCUUCCAAUUAGAAGUGUUAAUUCUCCUGCAAGACCGGACUCCCACUACCCGGGAACCAGUACAUACGAACCCCAUGGUCCUAGAUAUACAAUAGCAGGCCAUGCUGUCAAUUGGAUGGGUUGGUCGCUCACUGUUUCCACGGGUCAACAUAGAGGUCCGUCAAUAUUUGAUGUAAGAUUUAAGGGAGAAAGAAUAAUUUACGAGAAUUCUUUGAACGAGAUAGCACUUGUUUAUUCUGCCGAUGGGUCGGGACAAGAUAACAUGGUAUACCUUGAUUCUGUGUAUGGGUUAGGUGAGGCAAAGCGGGCCAUUCCGCGAGUUGACUGUCCAUUUUACGCGUCCUACUUGAACAGCUCUGGUUGGAAUCCCAGAGGACUUAAAGCUUCCAUUUUACCGACAUUUUGUAUUUUCGAGGUUAAUGCUCAAGAUCCCUUAUGGCGACACAAAGGGCAAGAUGUUGAAGCAGGACUAAACAACAACUUUUUAGUGGCAAGGUAUCCAACUCAGGUUGGCAACUAUGACUACAUUAUUGAUUUUCAAUUUUAUCUCGAUGGAAGAGUUAAGACAACUGCUUCUGCGACUGGAUUUAUUCAGGGGUCUUUUUGGAAUCCAUCUUCAAAUGUUCAGACACCGUUCGGAUACAAAGUUGCCAAUUCUCUUAUUGGUCCAAUACAUGAUCAUACAUUCGGAUUUAAAGUCGAUAUGGAUGUCGCUGGCAGGGACAAUGACUUUCAGCUAAUUCAUUGGAAAUACGGAGACGUCAACCGCGCAUUGAAAAACAACAAAACCGACCCUUCGAAUUAUUUCUUUUACAAUCAUACUAGAUAUAUAGAAUGGGAUUUAGUAGAGAAAGAGACUGGACUUAAGGUUGACACGGAAAACCAAAAAUAUUGGACCAUAAUUAAUAGAAACAAGAAAAAUAAAAACGGUGUUAACCGCGGUUAUAGAAUUAUCCCUAUGUCAACAAGUUCACAAAAUCUUCCUGACGAUUACCCAAGAAUGCAGGAACUUUCAUUUACAAAAUAUCAUUGUGCAAUAACUAAACACAAAGACGAUGAACAAUACUUAAAACCUCUGUACUUUCCAGUGGAUAAACAACUUUUUAAUGAUACAUCUCCUUCACAGUUAUAUUUAGAAGAUAUGUUAGAUGGCGAGUCUAUCGCAAAUGAAGAUAUAGUGACUUGGUUAUCAGUUGGCUUUCUACAUAUUCCUACAUCUGAAGAUGUUCCCAUGACAAUUAAAGUAGAAUCAGGAUUUACACUUAAACCAUUUAAUUUCUUUGACAGGACAGCGGUAUUCGAUAUUCCAGCUUUAGCCGUGUUCAAUAAUACUAUGUAUGAUAAUGCCCCUGUACCUGACAUGUGUGUUUCUGAACCGUACCCUAAUCAACAUUAAGUCUGUAGUGUGUGUAAUAUCAAAUAUCAAAUGAACUCCAAGUCAAAACUAUGAUACAGAUUGCACCUAUCAUGAUGAAACGCAUCUAAAUCAUUGCAAUCUUUGAACUAGUCGAAGAAUUAUUCCAACUGUUUGAAUCUUUGAAAAAGUCGAAGAGUUAUUCCAACUGUUUGAAUCUUUGAACUAGUCGCAGAAUUAUUCCAACUGUUUAAAUCUUUGAACUAGUCGCAGAGUUAUUCCAACUGUUUAAAUCUUUGAACUAGUCGCAGAGGUAUUCCAACUGUUCGAAUCUUUGAAUCAACUGUUAUGAUUAAAUGUAGUUGAGUAAAAGGAAUGUAUAUUUUCUGUUCAGUUACCUUUGGAAUGAAUAUUGAGUUAUAUUUAUAAAUCUUUACCUCAAUCUAAAGGUACUAUGUAGAAAAGAGCAAUUUUACUAAAAUGCAUCCCUGUCUAUUCGUUAAAACAACUAUUUAGUAAAGUAUACUGGAGUCUGAUUAAGAAACUGUACUUUAUCACCCAAAGAGCACUCCUUGCAAACAUUUGAACUGAAAUGUUUUUGAUAAAAUUUCACACGCAUAUAUUUUAUUGGCUUUUAAAGGUGCGGAUUUAUUUAUCAGUUGUUUUACUUUAGCUCAAAAAGGUAAACUUAUAAUUUUGAAGAAAAAAAUAACGUUUAAAUGGUCAAAGGUACUGUGAAACGUGAAAAAGAGAUGGAUUAGGCAAAUUGUAACAAUGAUAGAUUAAAAUGAAUGUGUGGUUAUUGAUGUAAUAGUAUAUGAACAGAUCAUUUUAUCAUUAUUAUGUAUGUUGUUAAGGUUCAUUAAAUGUAAAUGUCUUA